CGGACUGAAUUUCUGGAUCGAGUUCUGAUCUGGGUUGUCUGGGUUUUCAUCCUUCCUAUAUUCCUGUACCAGUUUUUUUAUAAGGGUUUUGAUCAAUUCUAAUUUCCAUUGUAAAGAACAAGAGUUCGUUGUUGCUUGAUUCUGCGAUAUGGAGAAUACCCAAAAUCAUGUUGUUUUCACUUCAACUUCGACCAGAGGUGGAAUCAAACGGGGUUUGGUGACUCUAGAGCAGAAGAUCAACAAUUGCAUAGUAGAGAAUCCUUCAAACAAUUGCAUUCUUAAUCCAACCCCCGACCGAUUAGAGAAUGCGGAGAAUAACGAUGCUUUGUCUUCUUCCACCUCUGUGGGUAGCAGCCAAGAUCUAGAGUCGGAUCUCUCUGAUUGCGAAAGCAGCGUUUCUGGUUCCAGUCUUCACCAAUCCUCUGUGUCUAGGGAAGGAUCCUUCGUGCAGGUAUUCCAAGGCCAGAGACCCUAUGAUCUCCUUACAGGAAAGUCUCUCGUCCAUUUGGGUCCUCUUCGCAUGCUCGUUGAGGUAUCGGCGGUAUACAGGAAUAUGUACUCCAAUGUUAUGGCGCAAGGAAUGAUGCAAAACUUUAAGAUUUCCAGGAAAACAAUGGAGCAGAUGCGUGGGGGCAGUGCCAAUGUUACAAUUGCUUGGUGCGCCGUUAGAAAAGACGACAUAUCCAAGAUUAUUCAGUAUGGAUUCAGCUGCAAUAUGCCCAAGAACGAUGGAUCGUAUGGGCAGGGCGUCUAUCUUACUCCUGGUGAUUCUCCCUUGGAAUGUGUGAGGAACGCUGUUGUUGAUGAAGAUGGGCUGCGGCAUGUGUUUCUAUGCCGCGUUAUAUUAGGGAAGACAGAAAUUGUCCAACCUGGUUCUCAGCAGUGUUGUCCCAGUUCCAACGAGUUUGAUUCUGGGGUAGACAAUUUAUUGUCCCCGAAGAAGUAUAUAGUGUGGAGCAGCCAUGCCAACACUCAUAUCUUGCCCGAGUUCCUCUUGAGUUUCAGAGUUCCUCCUUGCUUUGAAGGGUUCACUAAACCUCGAGUGAACCGGAAGAUGCCAACGUCACCCUGGCUGCCAAUUCCAGUUCUAAUCACCUCACUUUCGAAGUUCUUACCACCAUCUGACAUUAGUUCGCUGAUCAAGUGUCAUAGAGAACACAAGGAGAACAAAAUAACCCGGCGUGAAAUGAUACAGCGUGUGAGACAAAUAGCAGGAGACAAAUUGUUGAUUGCAGUCAUCAAAUCCUUGGGGCCCAAGUGGCAGACUAAUUCAUCAAGCAGCACUAGGCGAACUCCAAAUACGGUACCUGGUAUUGUGGAUGGUCCCGGGAACAGUACCCAAUAUGAUCCAAAACGAGGCAGUGUUUGAUGAAUCAAAUCAAUUGACGCGUAGGGACUAGUUAAGAUGGAUGAUGUCGAAAUUUAGUAGUCUGAUUCAAGUGGACACGCCAAUGAACUAAAUUGAUUCAGUGACGUUUUUCGAGUUAAAUAAUAUUUGCGUUGAGUGGAGUAAAAAUUGAGAGAAGAUUAUUUUUGUUGUGUAAUUUAAAAUCAAAAUAAAUAAAUAUAUAGAUUCAAGUGGACACAGAUGUGGUGGGACUUUGGGAGGAUUAGAUCAUUUUAUGUUUUGCCAAGUCGUGGGACUUGGGUGGGAU